AUGCGGAUCUGGCUCAUUGUGACCCAGCCGCCGCGGUUCCACCCGGAACGUCCCGAGAGCCACAACGGCGAGGAGGCCUGGAGACCCAUUCCCUGCGCCGUGGCCAGCAUGGGGCUGGUGUCGGGGCUGGGCAGAGCCCUCUGGGGCUGGGGGAAGAGCUGGCCACCAGGGGCCUGGGGCUGGUGGCUCCGGCAGGAGGCCUGGCUGGAGGAGGAGAGCCAAGUUCGGGAAGUGGCCCGCAGCACCGCUGGGUUCAUGCUGGGCAUGGCCCUGGCCAGCCUGUACGGGGCCCUGGUCCUGCUGGCGCAGAGCCACAACGUCUGGUACUGUCUGGUGACCACCAUCAGCCUGGGCGCCGCGCUGGGGCUGGGCAUGGCCUUCUCUAUCAAGGUGCGCGUCACGGUGCUGCUCACACUGCCACACGUCUUCACCAAGGAGGGCAAGAUGCUACUGCUGCUGCUGGCGCUGGGCAUGGCCACGCAGGGGCCCUGCACCAACAUCCUGCACAACUUCUCCCGGGCCGCCGAGUCCAUAUCCUGCGGGGCCGAGCUCGCCCUCAACCAGACAGCUGAGCGGCUGCAGCGCGCCCGCCAGCCGCUGCUGAAUGUGCUGGCCAAAAUCAAGGACAUCGCACAGAAAGCCAAGGUGGUGGGUGACCGCGUCCGCAAGUUCUUCCACUCCAUCAUGGACUCUGUGAGCCACGUGGCCCGAGCCCUGCGAAACGUGUGGAUCUGGCUGGCAAGCGUGGGCAAGCUGUGCAACCGGGAGCUGGGCACCCCAUACCGCCGCUGCCUGGGCAUCUUCAGCGAGGCUAAGGACAACUGCGAGCGUGCCGUGCCCUUCCUCUACUUCCUCUGCUACAUCAUCGUCGCCUUCAAGCCGCUCUGCGGCCUGGCCAACAUUAUCCUCCUCUUCUGCAUCAUCCCCCAGUACAUCCAGUCCUUCCUCAAGAAGCAAAUUGCUGUCCCCCUCAGGAACGCGCUGGACCGUGUCCGCCGUGAGUUCGAGUUCAACAUCUCGGCCGUGCACCACUUCGACGUGAGCCUCAACUCCAGCAAGACCCUGGGUGAGGUGGCCCUGGACAUCAUGGAGGGGGUGCGCGUGUGCCUGGAGCCCACCCGUGAGGUCCUGGGCCUCUUCGCGCACUUCUCCUCCUGUGCCAUCCUCUACAUGUACCUCCAGGCACUGCGCUACCGCCACCGGUACCUGCGGGACGACACCUUCGACAACAUCUACAUCACGCGGCGCUUCGUGGAGCUGGACGUGCGCCGGGCGGAGCAGGGCAAGCCCACGGUGCUGCCGCUGCGAGCCCGCGAGAGCUGCCGCUACAUCCGCCCCGACGGGCUGUGGUUCUCGCGGCAGGAGCGGCGCCGUUACGGGCUGGAGCUGGUGGCCGUCCUGCGGCACGUGGCGCUGGGGCUGAGCUUCAUCCUGGCUGACUACAGCAUCUUCUGGCUGCUCGACCUGGUCCGGCACCAGCUCCAGGGGGAGGUCGUUGCCCGGGCCCCAGCGGUGCUGGGCAUCAGCGUGAACGGCACGGGCUACACCAGCGAGAUCUUCCGGGACCUGGUCUCGGCCUUCGACGCGCUGCAGCAGGGCAACAUCUCGGUGCUGUCGCAGCGGUGCCGCCUGCAGCCUGUGGAGCCCGACUACCAGACCUACCUCACCAUGGGGAUCCUCUACGGCAUCUGCCUCUUCAUCGCUGUCUUUGGCAGCUACGUGGGUCGCCUGCGCCGGGUGGUGUGCGCUGCCUACUACCCGUGCCGCGAGCAGGAGCGGACGUGCUUCCUCUACAACAGCAUCCUGGUGCGGCGCACCGGCCUGGCGCGCGCCCUGCACCGGGCGGUGAGGCAGCGCACGGCCGACGGCGGACACACCAACCCGCUCCUCAUCCUUGCCUCCAGGCUGCCCAUCUGCGCCCGGCUGGCUCGGCUCCUGGGCGUGCGCCAGCGGUGCUGCCUGGCCUGCGGGACGGCCCGCGAGCAGGAGUGCGUAGCGUGCAUCACGCCCGGCUGCAGAGGGCUCUACUGCAGCGAGUGCUACCGGGAGCUGAACAACGCCUGCUCCAUCUGCAUGGCCCCCCUGAGCCAGCAGGACACCGGCGAUGAGGAGCUGGACUCCAGCGACGAUGAAGCAGCAGGGCUGUGGCUGGGCGCGCUGCGGGCGCUGCGGCAGCAGCCGCAGGCCCCGCGCCGGGAGCAGGGCCGGCAGCUGCGGCGGUGCGUCCGGCAGCUGCUGCAGGGCGGUGGUGGGGGCCGGCGGCUGCCCCCUGCACUGGCGGCCCGGCUGCGGGCUGGGCUGCGGGAGGAGGCCAGCGGGGAGAGCGACGGGGGCAGCAGAGAGAGCUGCGGCGCUGCCGGCGAGGACAGCUCAGGCUCCAGCCUGGACUUCGGCUACCAGGAGCAGCCUGAGGGCAGCGAGAGCGAGCUGGAGGAGGUGAAGGUGAUGCGGCCGCCCGGCGAGGAGGGCAGCGCCCAGUGACAGCGGGGACCCGGCCAGGCGGGCGGCUCUGC